AGAAUCAUUCGAUUCGCAGAUCUUGAUUAGUACAAUAACUUUGAAUGAAAGAUGCUGUCUCAUUCAUUUGUAUUAAUUUCAUUGUGCAUUGUCUUUGUAACCUGUCUUGAGCAUCCUAUUAUUGAAACAAGUAAUGGUAAAGUAAGAGGAAAUACCAACAAUAUAACAGAUGGUAGGAUCUAUCAUGAAUUUCUUGGAAUUCCCUAUGCGGCUUCAACCGAGCGUGAAUUUAGAUUUAAGAAACCGAGACCGGUAGAAAGCUGGAGUGGAAUAAGGAACGCUACUAAGUUUGGGCCACAUUGUCACCAGCUUGUUGCCUUGUUUUAUCCUGUAUUGGGAAUGGACGAUGAUGUCAGUGAAGAUUGUUUGUCGUUAAAUAUUUGGGUACCUGGAGAAUUAGACAGCGGAAGGAAGCUACCAGUAAUGUUUUAUUACUUUGGAGGAGCGUUCAUUUUAGGGACAGGCGCCAUGUAUCCAGGGCAAGAUUUAGCCGUGCACGGAGACGUUAUUGUUGUGACAUUUAACUAUAGAAUUUCAGCAUUGGGCUUUUUAUCAACAGCACACUCUAGCGCUAAAGGUAAUUGGGCUCUUUGGGAUAGCAAAAUGGCUUUGGAGUGGGUAAAACAAAAUAUUGGAAAAUUUGGAGGAGAUGAAGAGCAAAUAACGAUAUUCGGCGAAUCAGCUGGAGCAGUUAUGACAUCUCAUUCAGCGACCAGCCCCCAAACUAGUUCACUAGUGAAAAGAGCCAUAGCUCAUAGCGGUUCAGCUAAUGGAUACUUUGGUGUUGUAAAACGGGAACAUAUCAAGAAAGGAACUUUAGAUUUAGCUUCAUUUUUUUUUUGUGAUGAUGAAGAUGAUUUGCAACAUACAGUCGACUGUUUGAGAGAGGAAGAACCUGAAGAUAUUGAUCUCUUUGCUAUACUAAGCCCUGUUAUAUUUGCUGGUACACUUCCCAUUUGGUUACCCACUGUAGAUGAGGAAUUCUUACCUUUACCCCCAAAAGAAAUGUGGCAACAAGGCUAUGGAAAGAACGUGUCAUUUAUGACUGGUAAAUUGAAAGACGAUGCUGGGGGUUUGAUUAUUUUGAAUCCUCUAGGGUUAUUUUAUGAGGAUGCUCUUAGCUUUGCAGGAGAUAAAGAGUCUCUAGAAUUUCUUCUCAGUUUAAUAACAGCCGCUUAUAAGCCAAUUGACGAUGAAGUGGUCUUCUCGAUUAAAGACAGAUAUCCAAAUCUGAAAAGCGAUGAUUUUAUUGAAAGAAGCAGAGCCGCUGUAGAUAUGGGAACUGAUUGGUUCUUCGGAAGUGGUUCUUUCCUCGAUGCAGUCUACCAUAGUGAUAAGUCAGAUAAAGGAACAUAUAACUACGAAUUGCAACACAAAAUGACAUUUUUAGAUUAUCCGAAAUAUAUAAACGGUUCACAUGUUGAUGACUGCUAUCCUUUGUUCGGUGAGCCUUUCCUAGAAACUUUAAGGAAAGAAUUGAAAUGUGGUGAGGAAUGGAAGGAUGGUGAUAUAAAAUUUAGAGAUAAUUUGAGAGCCUAUUGGUACAACUUUGUUAAAACUGGCAAUCCAAAUAACGGUCCACAUCCUAUACCAAUCGGAUGGCCAACAUUUAACAAUAGAACUUUUGCAAAAAUCCGUAUUACACAGGAUAUGGGAGCUUCAAGUAUUGAAACUGAAAGUUCGGAGAAAAGGAAUCUCUAUAAAUUUUUUAACAACGAUCUGUACAUUGAUCCACUACAAACUGCGAAAAGCUUUUCAACGAAAUCUUAUAGAAGAAGUUCUGAAGUAGAAAAAAAACUUGAUGCCGCUAUUUCAAAUUUGAAAAAUAUUGGCUCAAGAAUGCUAAGGAAUGCUCCUGAACAAAGAGAAAAAUUAUAUAAAAUUAUAGAAAAUGCUUUGAAUAGACGUGAAGCUAAGAGAAUAAAAAUGAAUAAUAAAGCUAAGGAUCAGGAUAUGAAGAGAAGAAAAUUAUCUUGAAUAAAAACAAAUUCUUGAUAUAUAUAAAGGAUAUAUUUAUCUCUUUUUUAUUAAAAUUUUAUCUUACAGGAUUAUUUUAGUAUUUAUUUAGACAUAUUUUAAAAUUUCCAUAAAAAAUAUGACUAUAACUUGAUUUAAAACUACAGAUGGCUCUGUCAGUCUAUGCCCGAAUUGAGUGCAAAUUAUUUGUCUAAUAUUUUAAAAAAAUCUUCCUCUAUUCUGAAUAUUAGUAUAGACAAAAGUGAAUCAAUAAAUUUCGGUGUAUUGUAUAAUAUAUAUUUGUAAAUAAAACAAAAGUUUGUUGAAAGGGCGUAUCAAAAACUUAAUUAGUUUAUUUCAUUUUGUUUGUCAAUUUUAAUCAGUCGAUAAUAAGGUAUACCUUUGCUCAUGUAGCUAUGAUUCAGCAUUCAAUAUUGCCAAUAGUUCUUGGAAUUUGGGUAAAGCAUUUCCAAGAUCAGAUUUUAACGCAUAGAGUACUGCUUAAAAGACCAGCAGCUUACAGGUGUUAUUUUGACUACAUAUUCUGAAUUAUUCAAGAAAUAUCGACAAAAAUUGGGCAUAGAGAUAAUUCAUAUAUACAGUAUAUAAUAUAUUGCUUUAUCCCCAAACCACUAUGGAGAGCAAAAGACAAGGAGAGAAAACAUCAGUCGAUGUAAGAAAAGAGUGAGCUACAAAUAAAUUACUUGUAAGAAACAAAUUAUCAAAAUAAAGUUCAAGUUCAUCUGACCUCACUCAUUCAACUUGUAUUCCAAAUCCUACUUUCAGUUACUUUCAUCUCCUAAAGUAGAAGAAAAAUGGCGGGAAUUCAUUUUUAAAUCAUAUUGAUAGUUCACUUUGAAAUAAUUUUAUCAAGACAUCAAGAAAAAAGCUUCAAUUCUUUGUAAUUUGUCCAGUUUUCAUAUAUA